CACAGUCGUCGACGAUCCAGUGUUGAGCAAGAUUUCAGAAUGAGCACCGCCAAGUGGGAGAACAAUGAGGAGAUUAAGAUCUUCCGCGAAUACCUUCGCAUACCAACAGUGCAUCCAAAUGUGGAUUACACCGCCUGCACGGAAUUCUUGAAGCGUCAGGCCGCCACCUUGGACCUGCCCGUGGAGGUUGUCUAUCCGGUGAACGAGCAGAAUCCCGUGGUGGUGCUCAAAUGGCUGGGAUCCCAGCCGGAACUGCCCUCCAUCAUCCUCAAUUCGCACACGGAUGUGGUGCCCGUCUUCGCCGACAAGUGGACUCAUGGUCCCUUCAGCGCGGAUCUGGAUGCAGAGGGUCGCAUCUUCGCCAGGGGAUCCCAGGACAUGAAGUGCGUGGGCACCCAAUAUCUGGGAGCAGUGCGAGCCCUCAAGGCCUCUGGCUAUCAGCCCAAGAGGACCAUUUACCUGACCUUUGUGCCGGACGAGGAGGUGGGCGGCCACCUGGGCAUGCGGGAGCUGGUGAAGAGCGACUACUUCAAGAAGCUCAACGUGGGAUUCAGCUUCGACGAGGGCAUCUCCAGCGCGGACGAGACCUACGCCGUGUACUACGCCGAGAGGACUUUGUGGCAUCUCCGCUUAAAGUUCAGUGGAACUGCCGGACACGGAUCCCUGCUGUUGCCCAAUACCGCUGGGGAGAAGCUCAACUAUGUGGUGGGCAAACUGAUGGAGUUCCGCAAAUCCCAAGUGCAGAAACUGGCCGAAGACUCUUCCCUUGAAAUUGGCGAUGUGACCACCGUGAAUCUCACCCAACUGAGGGGCGGAGUGCAGAGCAACGUGGUUCCCCCGCUGCUGGAGGCCGUUUUUGAUAUCCGCAUUGCCGUCACCGUGGACAUCCCAGCUUUUGAGAAGCAGAUUCGCGACUGGUGCGAGGAGGCUGGCGGCGGCAUCGAGCUGGAGUUCGAGAUGAAGAACCCCUUUGUGGAGCCAACAAAGAUUGACUCGUCGAAUGCCUACUGGCUGGCCUUCAAGAAGGCUCUCGAUGACCUUGGCCUCAAGACACGGGUUCGAGUUUUCCCCGGCGCCACGGACAGCCGCUAUGUCCGCUAUGCAGGCAUUCCGGCUCUCGGUUUUUCGCCCAUCAACAACACUCCCAUCCUGCUGCACGACCACGAUGAAUUCCUGAAAGCCGACACAUAUUUGCAUGGCAUUGAGGUCUACAAGAAGCUCAUUCCCGCCGUUGCCGAUGCUUAAUAAGCCCAUACCAGCUUUAAUAUAAUUAAAUAUUGCAUUUAUACACACAAUUAUUUAUGCAGGCCAAUAAAUAUCUAUUAAAACAA